GGUCGCCGCCAUUUGUCAUUUUUUGGCAUGCGCAUUGGGGGAUGCUACGAAAAUCGUGCUCCGGAGUGUUUUUAUAAAUUAAAAAGUUUUGUGAAUUUUGUUAGUGUAUUGUGAUAAACUUUAAUUGCUCUGUGAAAUAUUUGUGAAAUUCGCACAAAGUGUUUUUAGUGUUUAUUACUUCAAGAUGAAUAAAACUUGUGCAAGGUGCGAGAAAACAGUAUAUCCUACAGAGGAACUAAAAUGUUUGGAUAAGGUGUGGCAUAAAGGUUGCUUCAAAUGCCAGGAAUGUGGCAUGACACUGAACAUGCGUACCUACAAGGGCUACGGUAAACUUCCAUACUGUGAAGCUCACGUGCCGAAAGCGAAACACACAACAAUGGCGGAGACGCCGGAGCUGAAACGGAUAGCGGAGAACACAAAGUUACAGAGCAACGUUAAGUAUCACGCUGACUUUGAGAAGAGUAAGGGCAAGUUUACACAGGUAGCAGAUGAUCCAGAAACGCUAAGAAUCAAAGCGAACACUAAAAUUAUAAGUAAUGUGGCAUACCAUGGCGACCUGGCCAAGAAGGCGGCCAUGGAGAAGCAGCGGCAGAUCAACGAGAAUGGAGAGCUGGUUGAUGUCGCCACAAACGACAAUUAUCACCAACAAAUCGAUAAUUACGCCACGGAAAUGCUACCACCGAGUCAACCGACGAACCAGCCCCAAAAGAACCACUACCAGCCCCCACCACAACAACCACAACCACCUAGACAAUACCAAGAGCAAUACAGACCGCAGAAACAGGAAGAAUAUUCGUAUCAAUACCAGAAGUACGAUGUAUCAGACCAGUACCAGAAUCAUGGGAAUCAGUACGCGUACGGUCAAUACCAACAGAACUACGGCGCGAAUACACAACCCAAGAUCGGUAGAAUUCAAGAUUACGACCCCUUGAGCGAUGGACCCCGCGCUCCCCCCAAUAUACAGCACGCCUCCGCCACUGUCAUAUACAACAGCACAAGGGAUGGCAAGCAGAGAGCAGGAGGUCAGCAGGUGACGCAGCAACAGAGCCGGCAGAUAGGACGUGUCACCGAUCUAGACCCGCUGGCCGCAGAGCAACCGCGCCCCAACAACAACCACCAUCCCACGAACCAGAGAGUGUACAUCGCGAUGUAUGACUACGAAGCGAAUGAUAGCGACGAAGUAUCGUUCCGCGAGGGCGAUUACAUAUCGAAUGUGACGUCAAUUGACGAGGGUUGGAUGACGGGCGAGGUGUUGCGUACUGGACGUACCGGCAUGCUGCCCGCCAACUAUGUGGAGCUUGCGCCCGCGCCGCCACAUCACUACGCCAACUAGACCACUGACACACUAACGCCAACAUAUCGCCACAGUAUCCAACAUCGCCACAUUACCCAAUAUCGCCACAAUACACAACAUGUUGCAACAUCGCCAAACUAUACCCACAUUUCGUUGCACCCCUUUAUCUUAUGAUCGUAAUCUCGUCUGUUUUAUUAAUAAAUUAAUUAUUUUUAUUUUUACACAUUCCUUCAUCAUACAACAUACUUGCUUGGCCAUUAGUUUGUC